AGAUACCUCAGUCGCCAUACGCCAUUGAGAAUCUCCCGCCGCCGCCAAAAUGGUCAAGACCUCCGUCCUCAACGAUGCGCUCAACGCCAUCAACAAUGCUGAGAAGUCCGGAAAGCGCCAAGUUCUGAUCCGCCCCUCCUCGAAGGUCAUCAUCAAGUUCUUGACCGUCAUGCAGAAGCAUGGUUACAUUGGCGAGUUCGAGGAGGUCGACGACCACCGCAACGGCAAGAUCGUCAUCCAGCUCAACGGCCGCAUCAACAAGACCGGCGUCAUCUCGCCCCGCUACAACGUCCAGCUGCGCGAUAUGGAGAAGUGGGUUGUCAAGCUGCUGCCCUCGCGUCAGUUCGGUUAUAUCGUCCUCACUACCUCCGCCGGUAUUAUGGACCACGAGGAGGCUAGGAGGAAGCACGUUGCUGGCAAGAUCCUUGGUUUCUUCUACUAGACUUGCGCGGUGUAGCGGCGGUAUACCGGAGUCUAGGGUAAUGUUUGGUUACCUAGGUAGUUCACGUCGGCGACAAUAGAGG